AUGCCAUCCAGUAUGAGAAAUUCUGAAGAAGACAGUAUAUUAUCUGGGGGAGAUAGGCCGCAACAGUAUGGCGCUAUACCGGAAAACAGCGCAUUCGCUAGACAAGACUUCACCAGCAACAGUAAUAAUAACAAUUAUAACUCUACCAAUGGAAACUUCAAUGGAAACUUCAACGGAAACGCUAUAAGCUCUCCUGCCAGUCCUCAAAGGCCAUCAUUUAGUAGAUACAGACAUGGAUCCAUGUCCAACCAAGCAGGCAUUUCUAGUCAUCCGCUGCAGAUGAAUGUACCACUUUAUCAGAGAUUGUUGGGGUCCCACUAUGUGCUGGUGACCAAUCCUGGCAAUUCAGAUUCCUUAAAUGUCCUCGGCAGUGCCAGUAGCUUGAGAUUACCGGCAGAAGAUGGGUAUGGUGGUGCUGAUGGUGGCAAUGACUUGGAAAUCGGGUUUAAUGAAAACUUUCCCCACAGAACAAGUAUAUUGUCGGUUAUGCGGCCUGACAAGCUUAUUGGACACUAUGAACCAAUGGCUCACUGGAUAGACUUGACCUUUGAUGAUGUAGACAGCAUUAAAGACAAAAAGGUUCGCCAAUACUAUAUAAACCAGAAUUCACUCAUUGAGAGAUUCCAAGAAAUCGAUAACUUACUUGACGCUGGGCAGAUCCACUUAAAUAUGCUAAGUCAGUAUGACAAGCCCACACCAAAUUCACCUUCAGAAUCUAGAAGCCAGUCUAUGGACUAUCCAAAAGCGUCACCUAUGGUCACAGAUUCUGCUGUCCACGAAGAAGAUAAUGUUGGUAGCACAGACACCACGAAUUCCAAAACCAGAUUUAAUGAUCACCCUGGGAAUGUUCAAAUUGAAGGUGCUCAGUUCUUGGGAUACAACCAAGAAGAAGACUCAAAAGAUGUUGUUCUAGCCAUAUUGGUAAACUUCUUCAUAAAUUUUGUAUUACUCGUUGGGAAAAUCAUAGUGUGUCUCCUUACCAACUCCAUGUCAGUGGUUGCAUCAUUGGUUGAUUCGGUUUUAGAUUUCCUUUCUACUUUUAUCAUAUUCAUUGCUAAUAAGCUUUCAAAUACCAAAAACUGGCAAAGUGAGCAUGCCUACCCUGUGGGAAGAUCAAGAUUGGAGCCCUUAGGCGUCUUGAUCUUCUCUAUCAUUAUUAUAAUUUCAUUUGUUCAAGUCGGCCAAGAAUCAUUCAAGAGGUUGGUCUUCAGUACACCAGAGUCUCGAUACCCCGUGAAAAUUGGCGCAAGUGCUGGAUUUAUUAUGCUUUUCACCAUUAUCUGCAAGGUGGGAUGUUGGAUUUGGUGUGCUCUGAGCAAAUCUUCUUCGGUGCAAGCAUUGGCACAGGAUGCAAUGACUGAUAUUGUGUUCAAUAGCGUGUCUUUGUUAAUGCCUACAUUAGGGUAUUUCUUGAAUAUUUGGUGGUUCGAUUCUUUGGGUGCACUCCUUUUGUCUGUAUAUAUUAUAGUAUCGUGGGCAAAGACUGGGUUCGGUCACAUAGAUAACUUGACAGGUGCCGUGGCAGAUCCUUUGGAUUACAAGGUGAUAUUAUACUUGGCAUAUAGAUUUGCAGAAUCUGUCAAACAAAUCACUGCAUUGAAGGUGUACCAUGUGGGAGAUAACUUAAACGUGGAGAUUGACGUUGUGUUUGCCAUGGAAGAAUUCGACUUGAGUUUUAGGGACUGUCAUGAUAUUGCUGAGGCGCUUCAAUAUGCCAUCGAGACAUUACCUAACGUGGAAAGGGCGUUUGUUCAUAUAGAUUACAUGGAAGCAAACUACAAGGGUCAUUUGAAUUAG